CUUUAACUUCACUAACUUCCUGGUGUCCCAGGGCCAGGAUUGUAGCAUCUGACUUGUUGCUCUCUCCCCUGCAUGUAGUUUUUAGUUUAAAAUCCUGUUGCUUCCUUCUUUUUUCCACUUUACUCUUCCCUCUGUGUCCCCAUCUCUGAAGUCAUAGGUGGUGAUUUCAUCUCCAGUCUCUUUGCUUUGCUUCUCACCUUUUUCCCCCCUAUUGAAACCCACCUGUUUGAAGUCCCUUUCCUCUUGAUGUUUUUAAACAUGACCCUAUCUUCAGUGAAUACUUUUGUUUGCUUUCUGUCUCUUACAACAUCCAAUUCCAGCUCCUUUUCUAGACCUUAAGUAAUGUUGCUUUCCCUGAACCUCUGCACUAAUUGCCACACUCUACCAUAAGCACCAUUAGUCCUUUUGCUGUGUGCCUGAGCCACCUGGUUGACACUAGGGAGAUUUUACAAACCAGCAGUUGAGACCUUUCAAGAAAACCUGGAAUGCACCACGUAUAAUGCCACAUAAAAUUAUUACCAGUGAUGCACAAAAACUGUGUGUACUGCUUUGAGUGCGACUUUCUGCAAGGAAGACCUGAGUAGUGUCAUCAGCCACCAGAGCAGUCUCCACCAGUGCAAUGUAAGUGCCAGCAUGACAAUGUGAAUAGUACAACUGAUUCCUCCUGCUACUUACAUGGUCUGUUUAGAUUUUAACUUCUCUACUCUGCUGGCUCAAGGGCAAGGGGGUUUUUGUGUGGUUUUUUUGUUUGUUUGUUUUUUUUCCCUUGGAGUUCCUUUGCCUGCACAUAUCACUUCACACCUGGGAUCUUACUGCAUAUUACUUCUCUCCAGCACUUAUUUCUUUGAUUUGCUCUGUUCUUGCAACCUGGAUUUUGGAAUCUCUUGAAAACAUUGUAAAAAUAUGCCUCUAGUUCCUGCUAAGCAGACCUUGGGCACUUGUGAAUGUCUGGGAUAACUAUAUUUGCUGAAGCUGAACACCAUAAUUUGGAACAUUUUGAUAUUCAAGUAGGUGUUUCAAUUUGUUGAGUUGGAUAUCGUUUUUGGGAGAAAAACAAACGGACUAAAGGAGCACUGCGCCAAGACUUUGGGCAUAAAAAGCCCUUCUGAGGCAGAAACGAGAAAUGGUCAUCCUUGUUAUGAACCUACACUGUUUUUUGGCAUUCCUCUACCUAUGGAACACAAGAUAAUUCAGACAGAACUGAGGCUGAGGUACCCACCAAUUGGAAUAUUAAAGGGCCUUGAUAAAAGAAGCUGAGGAGAACGCUACCUCCAGGGCCCCCUGACAUUAGUGAUAUAGACCAAGACCCAUGUGUGCCAGAGACUGCCAAGAUCAGUUUGGUCUCAAACUUCAGACAUGGUGGCAGCAGUGUGUUUGAAGUGUGUUUUGAAGACGGCACUUUUGAAAAAGUGGGAGGACUUCCAGUCAAGAAAGGGGUGCAUCCUUCUCACCAGGUAGCUGGUGAAUGAUGCUUCUAGUUAUGACUGCCUUCUGAAGAUGCCAGUGUGGUGGAGGACUCGGAAGCACCGCACAGCUGCAAAUGCAAGUCACAAACCAUACCCAGAAGAUCCAGCAGUGUACAAACCACUCUCCCAGGAAGAGCUGCAAAGGAUAAAAAAUGAAAAGAAACAGAAGCAAAAUGAGAGGAAACAGAAAAUAUCAGAGAAUCGCAAACACCUGGCUAGUGUACGGGUGGUACAGAAGAACCUCGUAUUUGUGGUAGGGCUCUCCCAGCGUCUAGCAGAUCCAGAGGUUUUGAAACGACCAGAAUAUUUUGGGAAGUUUGGUAAAAUACAUAAAGUAGUUAUCAACAACAGCACAUCAUAUGCAGGCUCACAGGGUCCGAGCGCAAGUGCGUAUGUAACCUACAUCCGGUCAGAAGAUGCUCUGAGAGCUAUACAGUGUGUUAAUAAUGUGGUAGUAGACGGCAGAACACUUAAGGCUUCUUUAGGUACAACAAAAUACUGCAGUUAUUUCCUAAAGAAUAUGCAGUGUCCAAAACCAGAUUGCAUGUAUCUACAUGAGCUGGGGGAUGAAGCAGCCAGUUUCACAAAAGAGGAGAUGCAGGCGGGUAAACACCAGGAAUAUGAACAGAAGCUACUGCAAGAAUUGUACAAACUAAAUCCCAAUUUCCUCCAGCUGUCUACGGGUACAGUUGAUAAGAACAAGAACAAAGUGACAGCACUGCAGAGGUAUGAUGCACCCAACAGUAAUAACAAAGAUGCCUGGCCAUCAUUACAGAGUUCAAGUAAAUCGGCCAACGGUUUAACACUGGAACACAGGAAAACGCCUCCUAUAUUAGAAAAUGGCACAGACCCAGAACACAUGACUCCAGAUGGUGGUGCAGACUCAGAUUUCGGCCCUAUCGACAAACCUACAGAUUCUCUCAGUAUAGGAAAUGGUGACAACUCACAGCAGAUAUCAAACAGUGACACACCUUCACCACCACCUGGUUUAUCAAAACCCAAUCCAGUUAUACCCAUCAGUUCAUCCAAUCACAGUGCACGGUCUCCCUUUGAAGGGGCUGUAACAGAGUCACAGUCGCUCUUCUCGGACAACUUUCGGCAUCCCAACCCCAUCCCAAGUGGGCUUCCCCCAUUUCCCAGCUCUCCACAGACUUCCAACGAUUGGCCAACAGCACCAGAACCACAGAGCCUCUUCACAUCAGAAACCAUCCCAGUAUCCUCCUCUACAGACUGGCAAGCAGCUUUUGGGUUUGGUUCCUCCAAACAGCAAGAGGACGACUUAGGGUUUGACCCCUUUGACAUCACCCGCAAAGCCUUAGCAGACCUGAUUGAGAAGGAACUGUCAGUCCAAGACCAACCUUCCCUCUCGCCCACAUCUCUUCAGAACCCUACCCCACACACUACAACCGCCAAAGGGUCAGGCUCCGGAUUCCUGCAUCCUGCUGUACCCCCAAAUGCCAACUCUCUCAGUAGCACCUUUCCAGUCUUGCCACAGAGGUUCCCACAGUUUCAACAGCACCGAGCAGUUUACAACUCCUUCAGUUUUCCAGGCCAAGCAGCUCGCUAUCCUUGGAUGGCCUUCCCACGCAAUAACAUCAUGCACUUGAACCACACAGCAAAUCCCACCUCAAAUAGUAAUUUCUUGGACUUGAAUCUCCCACCACAGCACAGCACAGGUCUGGGAGGGAUCCCUAUAUCAGACAACAGCAGUUCUGUAGAGAGUUUAAAUAUGAAGGAAUGGCAGGACGGGCUAAGGGCACUUCUACCGAACAUUAACAUCAACUUUGGUGGACUGCCCAAUGCUUCUUCCCCCUCCAACGCCAACCACAGUGUACCAACGUCCAACACUGCCACCACCGACAGCCUGAAUUGGGACAACCCUGGCAGCUGGAUGGACCCCGCAAUCAUCACAGGUAUCCCAGCCUCCACAGGAAACAGUUUAGACACUCUUCAGGAUGACAAUCCACCCCAUUGGCUAAAAUCUCUUCAGGCCCUCACAGAGAUGGACGGCCCCAGUGCAGCCCCAUCACAGACACACCACAGUAACCCCUUCAGUACACAGAUCCCUCUUCACAGAGCCAGUUGGAAUCCCUACUCUCCUCCUUCAAACCCCACCAGUUUUCAUUCCCCCCCUCCAGGCUUUCAGACAGCCUUCAGACCCCCCAGUAAAGCCCCCACAGAUCUACUACAGAGCUCAGCACUGGAUCGUCAUUAGGAAAGGUGGAAAAAAACGUUAGAAAUGCAGGAAUUGCCCCACCCUGACUCCUUCCCACACCUACCUGCCGCUCCCCCUCAUAUCUUUCUUUCUGAAGAAUCCAGUUCCUGAUCAAACCUCCCCCUCGCCCCCAAAUGCAAUGCGAUCACAGGGUCAUGACCGUAUCUUUUUUUUUGUUACGUUUCUGCUGAGCCAGUGUUUGAAAUUACACUGAUUUAAAGUUUCCUUAAACAUUCUAAGAAAAAAGAGAGAGAGAAAUCAAAACGCAGUCUCAAUGCUUAAAGAGAAUAUUACUGUCUUAUGUCUUUUUUGCACAUGAGUAUUUCUGCCUAGUGGAAAUGUCAAUCUACAGUAAGGGAAAAAUGUAAUGCAAAAUGCAGAAUCAAUUGCAGAAACAUAAAGCAAGUUAUUUAAUUUAAAUGAAAUUACUGAACAUGUGGGGCAAGCAGAGGCCUAGCAUUUAUUUUGCAUUCAGUGUGUCACUACACAGGGAAAUUGCUAUGUAUUUUUUUUGUUGGAAGGGGGGACUUUAUUGUGUCAGUCAGUAAAAGGUUUGACAUGAAGUGUGUUGAAGGACAAAACUUGUAGAAGUAACUGGCAUGUUGCUAAAGAGUGGUUUAAAGAGGGGAAAAAUAAGAUUUCUUUUUAAAUUUUGGCUUUAGAUUUAAAGUAAACUUUCAUGUUUUAAAAGUAUUCACAGAUUUAAUACCUAGUGUAUACAUAAUAUAAUUAUAAGCAGCUGAAACACGAGUGAUAUUUACUUCAGUCUUUCUGUCUCCUCUGUCAGUCUCUCUUUCUUUUUUUUUAAAUUCACCUGAUCAGGGCACUCUGGGAUAGCACUGCAUUGGGGCCACAUGAUCACCAUCAGGAGCACAACCUUUGACCUCCUUUGCCUGCAGCUUUUACUUAACCCUGUAGUUUCUGGACGUUUGUGCAGUAUUGAAAAGACAGGAAAAAGAAACAGAUAAAUAAACAUGGUUAUAACCUGACGCUAAAACUAAAAACAAGGAAAUGUACCUCUUUCUUCAGAAUUAAAACUAAAAAUCUUAAAUAAAACAGAAAACUUGACAGUGA